CUCCUCCUCCCCAUGGGCCUCGACUGGCCAGACUCCUCCAGGGCGGGUUGAUGGUCGUGUUGAUAGUGACCAUUGCCAUCAACAUCUCCUUCAUCGUUGACAAAACCAGACAGCUGAGAACACUUCCAUCAGACCUCGGCAGCGAGGGUGACGGUGGGGGCGCUGGCGUGGGUCGGAGGAACAAUCUUCGUCUGCAGGAGUCUCCGCCGAAGAGUAUCAGCCUGGAGGUUGUGAGCAGCCAGACGAGGGUAGCGGUUACCGUGGACGGAGCGACGAUCGUCGAGGAAGGGGAGGAGAAGAAGGGGAGAGGCAUUCACGUGGUCGUCCUUCAGCAGGCUAGCGGGGCGGUUAUGGCCCAGCGGCUUUUUGAUACCUACUCCCCACACGAGGACGAGGCACUAGCCCUCUUCCUAAGCAUGGUCACCCCGGGGAGGAUACUGGUGCUGGCUAUCAAGGAUGAAGGCACGUUCCAGAUGCGCGGCAGCGGGAGGGAGGCGCUUCGUCGGCUGGGCAGUGUGCACGGGGCUCGGCUGGGCUGGCGGGACAUGUGGGCGAUGGUAGCGGCCAAGGGCGGACCAGUGUACCAGGAGCAGGUGUCCAGGAGCGCUGACUUCAACUCCUGGGGCCCACCGGUGACCCUGCACGCUGAGGUCCCACUGGUGCCCCUGGAAGAGAGUGAGUGCAGUUGGCCAGACACGGAGGAGAACCGCCGCCGUCAGGAGUUCUGUGGCCACAUUGAAGGAUACGGGUCCGUCUGCUCCUGUACCGACCCCGCGCCCUUAGCCUUCACUACGGAGCCGCUUCUCAAUAAUCAAGUUCACGAUGUCCCAGUCGCUAUUAUCGCCAGCAACAGGCCACAUUAUCUAUAUAGGUCGCUGCGGUCCCUGUUAGCGGCGCCCGGCGUGAACCCCGACAUGAUCACAGUGUUCAUCGACGGGUACUACGAGGAGCCGCUGGCCGUCACCAAACUCUUCGGCCUGCGCGGCAUCCAGCACACUCCGCUCGGGGUGAAGAACGCGCGCAUUGCUCAGCACUACAAAGCUUCCCUCACCGCUACCUUCAACAUCUUCCCCGCCGCGCGCCACGCCAUCAUUCUGGAAGAGGACCUCGAUGUGUCUCCAGACUUCUUCAGUUUCUUCAGCCAGACCCUCAGGUUACUAGAGGAAGACCCAACCAUCUACUGCAUCAGCGCGUGGAAUGACCAAGGUUAUGAGCACACCAGUAGUGACCCCGCGCUCCUGUACCGGGUCGAGACGAUGCCGGGCCUGGGAUGGCUUCUGAGGCGGACGCUGUACAAGGAGGAACUGGAACCGCGCUGGCCCACCCCCGAAAAGAUGUGGGACUGGGACAUGUGGAUGCGUCUGGGGGAGGUGCGGCGGGGCAGAGAGUGCGUGGUGCCCGAGGUCUCGCGGACUUAUCACUUCGGGUCCUCCGGCCUCAACAUGAACUCCUUCUUCCAGGACACCUACUUCAAGAAACACUCCUUCAACACCCUCACCUAUGUGGAAAUGAAGGAUCUGGAGAGCCUAAGACAAGGACCAUAUGAAGAGCUCCUAGACUCCAUGUUCCGCCGGGGCACGCUGCUCGACCACUCUGCGUCCCCCUGUGAGGAGACCUUCGUGCCGGAUACCCAUGGCCAGACGUACCUCCUCUUCGUGAACAUGACCCAUCACAAGGACUUCACCACGUGGCUCCAGGUGGCGAAGUGCCUGAGGGUGUGGGACCUGGAUGGCCGGGGGUACCAUAAGGGGAUGUGGCGCCUCAACAUGAAGUCCAACCCUCUCCUGGUGGUGGGCGUUCCCUUCAGCCAGUACUCGAAAUACAAGCCAGCCUCUCUCAAGCCCAUGACCUUACCAGCGACAGGAACAGCGGAGAAGAUGAAAGCCUCGGACAAAACCACCGGACAGAGAUAGCAGUUGGCAACUCACACCACCUUGCUACCCUGCCCCCCGACCCCCCCAGGACCCCCCCCUGAUGCCCCCUUCCCUCUCAGUUGCCUCCCAGCUCCCCCCUCCCCCCCUUCCAUCCCCAGACCCCUCCCCUUUUUGCAGUCCCAUAUCACCUUAGAAGGAAAAGGAAGUGGAGAGGAGGAGGAGAAGGAAGGGAAGGGAAGGUGAAGGAGGAGGAGGAGGAGGAGAUGGAAGAGAGGAAAGAGGGAAAGAAGAAGGGAUGGGAAGUGGAGGAGGAGGAGGAGGAGGAGGAGGAGAAAUAGAAGGAAAGGAAGAGAAAGGAAGGAAGAAAGGGAAAAGGAAGGAAGGAAGGGAGGCAAGAGGAAGAAGAAGGAAGGAAGGGAAAGAGGAAGAGGAGAAGAAGGAGAGGAAGGAAGAGGAAGAGAAGGAAGGAAAGAGGAAGAAGGAGAAGAAGAGGUAGAGGAAGGAGAAGGAAGUGAAGAAGGAAGAGGAGGAGGAGGAGAAGAAGAAGAAGAAGAAGAAGAAGAAGAAGAAGAAGAAGAAGAAGAAAUAUAUAUUCUUCACAUUUCUAUCCAUUGGAGGAGGAGGAGGAGGAGGCAGAGAAAGUAUAGGAAGAAAUAGAAGAUGUAGAGGAGGAAGAAGGAGGAGGAAUAGAGAAGGGAAGAAUUACAUUGGAAAGGAGGAAGAGGAGGAGGAGGGAAGAAGGAAGGAAGGAGAGGAAGGAGGAGGAAGAAAAAGAGGAAAGAAUGAAUGAAGGAGGAGGAGGAGGAGGAGGAAGAAUACGAAGAGACAGAAGAAGAGGAGGAAGAGGAAGAGGAAGAGGAAGUAGAAGAAGAAGAAGGAGGAGGAGGAGGUAGAGGAAGAGAAAGGAAGGAGGAAGAGGAGACAGGAAGAAGAAGAGGAGGAGGAGGAGGAAGAAUGAAUGAAUGAACGAGAGAGAGAGAGAGAAGAAGGAAGGAAAAGAAAAAGAGGAGGAGGAGGAGGAGAAAGAAGAAAAGAAGGAAGGAUAGGAAGAGGAAAAAAAUUAUAAAUAAUAAUAAUAAUAAUAAUAAUAAUAAUAAUAAUAAUAAUUUUAAUAUGGACCUGUGUCAACGUUUAAUUUCACAGCAUUCAUGUUUGUGUGGCAGGAGGAGGAGGAGGAGGAGGAGGAGGAGGAAGAAGAAGAAGAAGUAGAAGGAAAAGAAAAGUGUGAGGAGGAGACAGGGAAGAGAGAAGGAAGGAAGAGAGGAAGAGGAAGAAGAAGGAGGAGGAAGAAAGGAGGAAGAGCUGAAGAAGUAGAAGGAGGCAGGGAGGAAGGAAGAGAGGAAGAGGAAGAAGAAGGAGGAGGAAGAAAGGAGGAAGAGCUGAAGAAGUAGAAGGAGGCAGGGAGGAAGGAAGGAAGGAAGGAAGAGAGGAAGAGGAGGAAGAAGAAGGAAGGAGGAGAUGAAGAAGUAGAAGGAGGCAGGGAGGAAGGAAGGAAGGAAGAGAGGAAGAGGAAGAAGAAGGAGGAGGAAGAGCUGAAGAAGUAGAAGGAGGCAGGGAGGAAGGAAGGAAGGAAGAGAGGAAAAGGAGGAGGAAGAAGAAACGAAGAAAUUGAAGAAGGAGGAGGAGGAGGAAGGAAAGGAAGAGAAGAUGAAGAGAAAGAAAUAGGAGGAGAAGGAGGAAGGAAGGAAGAAGAGAAGGAGGCGAAGAAGGAAGGAAGGAGGAAGAGAAGGGAAGAAGGAAGAAGAGGAGGAGGCGAAGGAAAGGAAGGAGGGAAGAAGAGGAGAGAAAAAGCAGUGAAGGAAGAAGAGGUAGGGAAGGAAGGAAGAGGAAGAAGAGAAAAUAAAUAAAUAAAGAGAAAUACAAAGAAAAGUCACCUGCCACAGAGAGAGAGAGAGAGAGAGAGAGA